AUGCUUCAUAGACUAUCAAAGUGGAAUGGGAAAAUGCAAUCACUGGCUGAUAGAUCUGUGAUGAUUAAACAUGUUCUUAAUACUAUACCUGUCCAUCAAAUGAGUUCUUUCAAAACUUAUUCAGAUGGGGGUCUUAAUUUCAGGGAUGUCCAGUGUUUUAAUCAUGAUCUUCUAGCUGAACCAUCUUGGAGAUUACGCAUUGUUGAGGACACAGUAUUCCCUUCUUCUAUGCAGGCCAAGUACUUCAAGAAUGUAUCUCCCCUUCACUGUUCUAAGAAAAACGAUUCUACUUGGAGCUGGAGAAGUAUCGGUAAUGAAUUUGACUUUAUAAAAAGGCACAAUUUUUGGUAUCUUGGUGAUGGUAAAAACAUCUUAAUAUGGAAAGAUAAGUGGGUUGUAGGCUUAGAUGGAGUUCCAGUUUCUUCUUCAACAGUCACUAAUUCACAGGCAGUUACUCAUGUCUCUGAGCUCAUUGAUUCAAGUAACAAUUGUUGGAAGUCUGAUCUUAUUAAUAGUUUGUUUGAUAACAACAUUGCUCAUCUUAUUCUUAAUAGGAGAAUACUUGUGAGAAGUAAGGACAAGCUAGUGUGGACUUAA